UUCUGUGGUAUAUUUUCUGCGGAAGUCUAUGGGCUGGAUUACCACAAAGCCACUUAAUGUUAGGGAUACGGGCAGUUCAAAUGUAAAACACAAGCUUAUUGGUUUUUUUGUAGCACUGAAAUAGUUUGCUUACUUGUAUAUGUGGGUUGCUUUUUUGUCGUGACAUUAUUCUUCUACAGUUUUUUUUCGAAGAAGACCGUGUUCUUUAUUCUUAAGGAAAGAUCGUCACAAGUUCCCUUUUUCAAUAACAAGCAAAGCAACGUACAAGGAAGAGGAGCUCAGAGAACAGCAUAGUGAGGGACUGAGCAUGUUACACUUGACGUCCUGACCUGCGAAGUGAGGAAUCAUGGCCUCGUGUGUUAAAAAUGAAUCUGAUCUGAGCUGCACCCAUACAGGGGAUAUUGUUGCUAUGCAGAAUCCCGGUACUGAGAAGAUGGGAUUGGGAGUUUGCCUGGAGUAUCAUCAAACAGAGAAAGGGACUGGUCCAGAUUCUGUUUGUCCAUCACAGUACAAUGACUCUCAGUGCACUAAUGGGGUUGAAAUUACAAUCCACCAGAUAAAGUCUGAAUCAAAUGGAGACAUAGUAGUUUCCAAUGAAUUUGUAGGGGAAAAAUCAGACACACAACUAGAAUGGGAUUGUAAUCUUCCUUCAUCUCAGAGGAAUAAAAUUGAUUUGAGCAAUGGAAGACUUUUGACUACAAGGACAGAUAGAAACCUUUAUUCAGGUGAAAAAACACUACAGCUGUAGUGAAUGUGGAAAGAGUUUUACCACGUUAUUCCACUUAACUGUACACAAGAGAGUUCACUCUGGGGAAAAACCAUACAGCUGUACCGAAUGUGGAAAGAGUUUUACUAACGGAACAAACUUAAAUAUGCAUAUGAGAAUUCAUUCUGGUGAAAAGCCAUAUAGUUGCACAUUGUGUGAGAAAAGUUUUGCACAAAGAAGCGGAUUAACAGUACAUAUGAGAACUCAUUCAGAAGAAAAACCAAGUAUGUGUGACCAUUGUGGGAAACAUUUUAAGUGUACCUAUUAUUUAAAAAAACACCUUAAAGUUCAUUCUAGUAAAAAAUCACAAGGCAAAUUGACAAGAACUGUUAAGACUGAAUCUGAUUCAGUUUGUGCCAACCCAGCAUAUACAGCCAUCAUACAGAGUACCAAUGUUGAUGAAGUCUAUCUGAAUGCAGGACAAAUCAAAUCUGAGCAUAUUCAUCCAGAUUAUGUUCAAGUGGCAGAAGACCCCAAUACACAAUGCAUCGAUAGUGAGAAAUUUACUGAAGCAAAACUUGAGUCAAGAGGACGUCUAGCAGUUUUCAAGCACACAGAAAAUUCAGAUGCAAUGCAGGAUCUCAGUAUUGUCAAGGUGGGAUUAGAAGGAUGUCUGGAUUCUGAGCAAAUCAAAACUGAAUAUAUUGAUUCAGGCUCUGAUCAGUUGAGACAUAAUGUUCAGUCACAGUUUGCUGAUUGUGACAGAACAGGUGUGAAAUGUGAAUUUAGUGAAGGCAUAACAGAUUUAAUUGAUUUUGCAACUAAUUCUACGACUGAGGUGUGUAAUGAGGAUGAAAAACAGAGAUUUGAAAGGGAUGUAUUAACUCCAGAUACCAAGCAGUUGUCAUUUUCCAGAAAUGAUCACAAUAAUCAAAAAAGUUACUGUGUCGACUUAUUCCAAAUAGAGCAGCACCAGCAGGAUAAUUCAAAUAUGAAUAAAUAUGGUUGUUUGGAUUGUGGAAAGCAUUUUAAAAGCCCUUCUAGCUUAAAAGUACACAAGAGAGUUCACUCUGGGGAAAAACCAUACAGCUGUACCGAAUGUGGAAAGAGUUUCGCUCAGGCAGUGCACUUAAAUAUACAUAUGAGAAUUCAUUCUGGUGAGAAACCAUAUAGUUGCACAUUGUGUGAGAAAAGUUUUGCACAAGGAAGCGGAUUAACAGUACAUAUGAGAACUCAUUCAGAAGAAAAACCAAGCAAGUGUGACCAGUGUGGGAAACAUUUCAAGUGUAUGUCUUACUUAAAAAGACACCUUAAAGUUCAUUUUGGUGAAAAAUCACAAGGCAGAUUGUUAAUGACUGGUAAGACUGAAUCUGAUUUGGAUUGUGCCAACACAGCAAAUACAACCAUCAUACAGAAUGCUGAUAUUGAUGAAGUCUUUCCAAAUGCAAGACAAAUCAAAUCUGAGCAUAUUAAAAUUGAAACAAUUGAUCCAGGGUAUGACCAGGUGAGACAUAAGGUUAAGUCAAAGUUUGGUGAUGUUGACAAAAUAACAGGUGUGAAGUCUGAACUUCGUGAUGGCUUAUCAGAUUUCAUUGAGUUUACAAUAAAUUCUUAGACUGAACUGUGUAAAGUGGAUGACGGAAAGAGAUUUAAAAGGGAUUUAUUAACUAGACACUGGGUCAUUGUGAUUUUCCAGAAAUUAUCACACUAAUCAAGAAAGUGUUUGUGUAGACUCAUUCCAAAUAGAGCAGCACCAGCAGGAUAACUCAAAUAUGAAUAAGCAUGGUUCUUUGGAUUGUGGAAAGCGUUUUAAAAGCCAUUCUAACUUUAAUAUCCACCACAGAACACAUUCAAGUGAAAAUAUGCAGUUGUAAUGAAUGUGGGAAGACCUUUGCAAAUCGGACCCAUUUGGCAAGACACAAAGAGACCCAUUUAAUGGACAAAACAUACAUUUGUGACCAGUGUGGAAAAGGAUUUACAACCAAAUUCUACUUAAAGA